AUGGAUGGCAAAAGCAAAGAUAAUAAUGUUACAGAUUCAAUUAAAAAGGUCUUCACUCACAAAGGUCGUUAUGUGCAAUACAGUUUGUAUGGAAACUUAUUUGAAGUGUCUUCCAAAUAUGUUCCUCCCCUUCGCCCUAUCGGUAGAGGUGCUUAUGGCAUCGUCUGUGCUGCGGUUAAUUCUGAAACACGCGAGGAAGUUGCCAUCAAGAAGAUUGCAAAUACAUUUGAUAACAUUAUUGAUGCUAAAAGGACUUUGAGGGAAAUCAAGCUUCUUCUUCACAUGGAUCAUGAAAAUAUUAUUGCUAUUAAGGAUAUUAUAAGACCUCCACAAAAGGAUGCUUUUAAUGAUGUUUACAUUGUGUAUGAAUUGAUGGAUACAGAUCUUCAUCAGAUUAUUCGUUCAAAUCAACCUCUUAAUCUUGAUCACUGUCAAUACUUUCUAUACCAGCUAUUAAGGGGACUGAAAUAUGUGCAUUCCGCGAAUGUCUUGCAUCGUGAUCUUAAACCGAGUAAUUUACUUUUGAAUGGAAACUGUGACCUUAAAAUUGGGGAUUUUGGUUUGGCGAGGACGACAUCUGAAACAGAUUUUAUGACAGAAUAUGUGGUUACUAGAUGGUACCGAGCCCCAGAGUUGCUCCUUAAUUGUUCAGAGUACACAUCCGCAAUCGAUGUUUGGUCGGUCGGUUGCAUAUUUGCUGAAAUUAUGACCAGACAGCCAUUGUUUCCUGGAAAAGAUUAUGUUCAUCAACUAAGGCUUAUAACUGAGUUAAUAGGUUCUCCCGACGAGUCGAGCCUUGGAUUUCUCCGAAGCGAAAAUGCGAAAAGGUAUCUUAGGCAGCUUCCACAGUUUGGGAAGCAAAAUCUUUCAGCGAAAAUUCCUCUUAUGUCGGCCGAGCCUCUGGACUUGCUAGAAAAAAUGCUUAUCUUUGAUCCCGACAAACGAAUCACAGUUGAUGAGGCACUAUGUCACCCAUAUCUAUCAUCACUUCAUGACAUCAAUGAUGAGCCAGUUACUCCUAUGCCAUUCAGUUUUGAUUUUGAGCAGCCAUCAUGCACUGUAGACCACAUUAAGGAACUCAUAUGGAGGGAAUCUGUGAAGUUCAAUCCGGAUCCACUGUCCCAAUAA